UCUUGGAGGAGUCACAUACCAAGGCCCAUCUAAAGCUCUUUGCUCCUGUCACUUGUAAGCAAUCAUCUCCUCUCUCACACACACCCGUCAUGGUGGGCAUGAGAGGUGCCUACGGUGGUGGUGGUGGUUACAGCAAUGGCAAUGAGAGCCGGCCGCUUGGAGGAGCGGCGGCGGCGGCGGCUCCAAUGACGACGACGUCGGCGGAGAUUGCGGGGAUGGCGGUGCACAAGGUGGCGACGCCGCCGCCGCAGAGCACGGCGAGCAAGAUGAAGGCGAGGGUGAAGGAGACCUUCUUCCCCGACGACCCGUUCCGGGCGUUCAAGGGGCAGCCGCUGGGGACGCAGUGGCUCAUGGCGGUCAAGUACCUGUUCCCCAUCCUCGACUGGGUGCCCGGCUACUCCUUCUCGCUCUUCAAGUCCGACCUCGUCUCCGGCCUCACCAUUGCCAGCCUCGCCAUCCCUCAGGGCAUCAGCUACGCGAAGCUGGCAAGCUUGCCUCCCAUAAUCGGCCUGUAUUCGAGCUUCGUGCCGCCGAUGGUGUACGCGGUGCUGGGGAGCUCGCGGGACCUGGCGGUGGGCCCGGUGUCGAUCGCGUCGCUGGUGAUGGGGUCCAUGCUUCGCGACGCCGUGAGCCCCACCGCCGAGCCCCUGCUGUUCCUGCAGCUGGCCUUCACCUCCACCUUCUUCGCCGGCCUCGUGCAGGCCUCCCUCGGCAUCCUCAGGCUAGGGUUCAUCAUCGACUUCCUGUCGAAGGCGACGCUGGUGGGUUUCAUGGCCGGCGCGGCCAUCAUCGUGUCCCUGCAGCAGCUCAAGGCGCUGCUGGGUAUCGUCCACUUCACCACCGAGAUGGGCCUCGUCCCCGUCAUGGCCUCCGUCUUCCACCACACCAAGGAGUGGUCGUGGCAGACGAUUCUCAUGGGCGUCUGCUUCCUGGCGUUCCUGCUGACGGCGAGGCAUGUGAGCAUGAGAUGGCCAAGACUUUUCUGGGUUUCAGCAUGCGCGCCCCUUGCAUCUGUCAUCAUCUCCACCCUGCUUGUUUUCCUCUUCAAAGCUCAGAAUCAUGGCAUCAGCAUUAUUGGGCAGCUCAAGUGUGGUCUGAACCGCCCCUCAUGGGACAAACUGAUCUUCGACACCACAUAUUUAGGCCUCACCAUGAAGACUGGACUUAUCACCGGGAUCCUCUCCCUUACGGAAGGAAUUGCCGUUGGUAGAACAUUUGCUUCACUGAAGGACUACCAAGUAGAUGGAAACAAAGAGAUGAUGGCUAUAGGGUUGAUGAACGUUGUGGGAUCAUGUACAUCCUGCUAUGUAACAACAGGAGCAUUCUCCCGCUCUGCUGUAAACCACAAUGCCGGCUGCAAGACUGCCAUGUCGAAUGUGGUCAUGGCACUGACUGUGAUGGUCACACUGCUAUUCCUGAUGCCACUGUUCGUGUACACACCGAAUGUUGUCCUUGGAGCAAUCAUCAUCGCUGCGGUUAUCGGCCUGAUUGAUGCCCCUGCUGUAUACCAAAUCUGGAAGAUGGACAAGAUGGAUUUUCUCGUUUGUGUUUGUGCAUUUGCGGGCGUUAUCUUCAUCUCAGUCCAAGAAGGCCUUGCAAUAGCGGUUGGCCUAUCGGUAUUUAGGGUAUUGAUGCAAAUCACGAGACCAAAGAUGAUAAUUCAAGGGAACAUUAAGGGAACUGAUAUUUACCGGGACCUACAUCAGUACAAGGAGGCUCAAAGAGUUCCUGGAAUGUUAAUCUUGGCAAUUGAAGCACCAAUAAACUUCGCUAACUCCAACUACCUGAAUGAAAGGAUUAAAAGAUGGAUAGAGGAAGAAAGUUCCGCACAUAAUAAACAAACUGAACUCCAUUUCAUAAUCUUGGAUCUGUCAGCUGUUCCUGCAAUUGAUACAAGUGGCAUAGCACUCCUCAUUGACAUAAAGAAAGCAAUAGAGAAACGUGGUCUUGAGCUUGUACUUGUCAAUCCUACCGGAGAGGUCAUGGAGAAGAUACAGCGAGCAAACGAGGCUCUAAAUCAGUUCAGGUCGAAUUGCCUGUAUUUGACCACUGGGGAAGCAGUUGCUUCACUUUCUGCACUUGCCAAGAUGACAAAGCCCUAGAGUGGAUUGCCAAAUUGUCAGUGUUCAUCCAAUUGCACUGAUAAACAUUUAGUGUCAGAUUUUUCGUCACAGAAGGUUCCUCCAACAAAGGAGCACGUCACAGCUAUGUUUGUACCUAAUCUUCACAAUCCUUCAGAUCUAUCUUAUGCAAAGUCAACAAUUGAAAGUGAAGUAUUAAGGAUAUGUACAUUCAUGGAUAUCCGUUGUUAUUUGUCUGCAUAUAAUAGUAGUUCUUACAGAACUUUCCCAUUGCUA